CUUCUUUUCUGAGAAAACAUUUUGUAGGAAAACAUACCAAACACGCCCUAAGUAUUUCUCUGGUUGUUGAGAGUUCAAAUAGCAGUUAAUCGUAAUCAGCAGUAACCACUUUAUGAUCCCGUUUUCCCUCUGUUUUCUUCAACGUACAAAAAUUGCUGAGAUUUUUCAGAUCACCGGAAACCUGAAACAGGCGGUACUGAAUUUACACAGCCAAAGGGAAACAGAAAAUUUAGAGGGCCGCCACGUGCGGUGAUUGUAAUUAAAACAGUUGGAUGGCCAUAAAUUGAUCACAUUGUUUGCUUGUUUGUAGUAUGUAAAAACAUGAGCUCAUUUAAAUUAUUACUCAACCACUUUCGUUACCCUCCUUCUCUGUUUAAUUACUCUCCAUUUCGCUUCACUUGUUAUCGCUCUUUCAAUACAACAUCUAUUCCUUAUUGUUUUUCUUCUCCUAAAUACCCUACCUUUCGCUCCUCCCAAUCUCCGGUUUUCUCUUCCGCUUCAAAUCUUAGUAGCUACAUGGAGGUGGUGAAAGAAGUUGCCAGCAAGGGACCUGAGUCCCAGGAGGAUAUUGCAAUACGAGCUGAUGAGAAGAGCUACACUUACCUUCAACUGAUAUUAUCCGCAAGGAGGAUAUCGAAUUUGUUAAGCAACGUAGAUCCCAAAGUUGGCAAUGGCACAAAAAGAAAUGUAGAUCUUGAUGGAGCAAGAGUAGGAAUUGUAGCCAAACCCUGUGCUGAGUUUGUUGCUGGAAUACUAGGGACUUGGCUUAGUGGAGGUGUUGCAGUCCCUCUUGCGCUAAGCUACCCGGAAACCGAACUGCUACAUGUGAUGAAUGACUCGGACAUCUCGGUAAUUCUGAGUACUGAAGACCACCAAGAACUUAUAAAUACAAUUGCAGUUAAAACUGGUGCCUGUUUGUCUCUUAUUCCUCCUAUUCCUGAUGUCCAUUUAUCGACUAAUCAUGACCAUGCAAAAGAUGUGGUGUCUGAUGGUCCUAGGGAUUUGCCGGAAAUGAGAAACUCUGGUGAGGAUCCAGCUAUAAUCUUGUACACCAGCGGUACAACAGGGAAACCGAAAGGAGUAGUCCAUACACACAAAGGAAUAUUAGCUCAGGUCCAAAUGUUAGCAGAGGCAUGGGAAUACACGUCCAAGGACACAUUUCUUCACUGUCUGCCACUUCAUCAUGUGCAUGGACUCUUCAAUUCUUUGCUUGCCCCUCUUUAUGCCGGUUCCACGGUCGACUUUAUGCCAAAAUUCAGCGUGAGAGGGAUUUGGGAGAGAUGGCGUGAAUCUUAUCCUACAGAUGGGACUAAAACAGAUAAUGCCAUAACAGUGUUCACUGGAGUUCCUACAAUGUAUACACGAUUAAUACAAGGUUAUGAAGCAAUGGAUCCAGAACUGAAAGAAGCUUCUGCUUCAGCAGCAAGGCACUUGCGUCUUAUGAUGUGUGGCUCCUCUGCACUUCCUUUGCCCAUCAUGCAGCAGUGGGAAACAAUUACAUCACAUCGGUUAUUAGAACGUUAUGGCAUGACAGAGUUUGUGAUGGCAAUAUCUAAUCCCAUUAGAGGCAAACGCAAAGGAGGUACUGUUGGCAAGCCCUUUUCAGGUGUCCAGGCCAAGAUCCUUUUGGAUGAGGAGACUGGUAGUGAUAAAACAGGAGUAGGGGAGCUUUGCAUUAAGAGUCCUUCGUUGUUCAAAGAAUAUUGGAAACUACCCGAGGUAACCAAGCAAUCAUUUACUGAUGAUGGGUUCUUCAAGACUGGAGAUGCUGUUACAGUGGAUGAAGAUGGAUAUUACAUCAUUUUGGGACGGACCAAUGCUGAUAUUAUGAAGGUCGGUGGAUACAAGUUAUCAGCAUUGGAAAUUGAAGCAGUUCUGUUGGAGCAUCCAGCUAUAUCAGAAUGCUGUGUGUUAGGAUUACCUGACAAAGACUAUGGUGAAGUGGUGUGUGCAAUUGUUGUUCCUGACACUGAGCUCAAAAGAAAGCGAGAUGAGGAAUUAAAACCUGCACUAAGCUUGCAAGAACUUUCAGAUUGGGCAAAAGAGAGACUUGCCCCUUAUAAGAUACCUAGUCGUCUGCUUGUGUGGGACUCGCUGCCUCGCAAUGCUAUGGGCAAGGUAAAUAAAAAGGAGUUGAAGAGAAAGCUGGCUGAUGAUCCAAAAUAAGCUUAAAUGGUCCACUUAGAGCUCGAGAGUAGAAUACGGGAAGGUAAAUAAAUGUUCUAUGGUAUCAGCAGCCACUUAUCUUUUCCAGGAAAACUCAUUUCUCAGUCAAAUUAUUUUGUAAAAACAAUAGUCCAGGUAUGAGAUUAAAUUUUACUUAAUCAUAAUAUUGGAGGGUAACUCUGAUGUUAUGAUUCUUCAUUUAGGAAAGCACUAAUGUAUGUAGAAAUUAGUGAAUCCAUGGACCUCGCCACUUAUUUUAAAAAAUUAUUACGGGGA